AUGGCCAUUGCUGACAUGAAUUCAUUCGAUAAUGAUAACGAAUAUGAUAAUACUAGCCAUAAUGAUAUUAUUACCAUAACAAAUCUUGAUAAAAAUAAAUCAUACAAUAUUAAUAAAUUUUUACAAUCACUAAAAAAACCAGCAGAAACACAAACAGCAGUGGUCACAAGUCCUACAACAACUGAUUUUACUAGAACAUUUCUACAGAAUUUGGCACCAUUAUUUACAAUAAAUCGUGUUGUUCAUCCUCGUAGACGACCAAAACAAAGCAGAAAACAUACACAGUUUUACAAAACACAUAUUGGAGAUGGUGGCAAAACAACAAUAGUUAGAACCAAAUUAAAACGUCUUCAACAACGUCCACCAUCAACCAAAGCAGCCAAAAUUUUAAUAAAAGACGAUGCACAAGAGCCAGGUGCUAAUGAUUCAAAUUCAAGAACUACUAAAAUACUAAAUGAUGAAAACAAUCAAGAUAAGGAAAAUUUGCGUAUCAUAACAGACACAAUAAUUGACCAAACAAUGCCAUUUAAUCCACCAUCCAAAGAAUGGAUAAUACAAAAGUCAAUAGAACUGCAAUUGCUUCGUACAAGAAGCAAUGCAGCGGCUCUAACAAUCCCUUCAUUUGGUAUUAUAGGAUCAAAGUUUUGGGAAACUAUAUGUGAAGAACAUGGUAUUGAUUCAACUGGAGAAUAUAAGGGUGAAUCACCACUUCAAUUAGAACGAAUUAAUGUUUAUUUUACCGAAGGACAAAAUGCACGAUAUGUACCGAGAGCGGUUCUAAUUGAUCUAGAACCUGGUACAAUGGAUGCAGUGAGAGCUAGUGCAUAUGGUGGAUUAUUCAGACCAGAUAAUUUUGUUUUUGGACAAAAUGGUGCAGGUAAUAAUUGGGGUACCGGUCAUUAUACAGAGGGAGCUGAAUUAAUUGAAAAUGUUAUGGACGUUGUUCGAAAAGAAUCGGAAGCAUGUGAUUGUUUACAAGGAUUUCAAUUGACACAUUCACUUGGCGGUGGUACUGGAAGUGGUAUGGGUACAUUACUUUUGUCCAAAAUGCGUGAGGAAUAUCCUGAUCGUAUAAUGAAUACGUAUUCCGUAUUUCCUUCACCAAAAGUCAGCGAAGUUGUUGUUGAACCGUACAAUACUACAUUGAGUAUUCAUCAGUUAAUUGAAAAUACCGAUCAGUCAUGUUGUAUUGACAAUGAAGCUCUAUAUGAUAUUUGUUUUCGUACAUUAAAAAUAACUUCACCAACUUAUAAAGAUUUAAAUCAUCUUGUAUCAUCAACUAUGUCUGGUGUUACAACUUGUCUUCGAUUUCCGGGUCAAUUAAAUGCUGAUUUACGUAAAUUAGCUGUAAAUAUGAUUCCAUUUCCACGUUUACAUUUUUUUAUGUGUGGUUAUGCACCAUUAACCAGUGUUAGACUAGAACAAUAUCGUACAAUGACUGUAGCGGACUUGAGUCAACAAUUAUUUUCAUCAGGAAAUAUGAUGGCAGCAUGUGAUCCAAGACAUGGACGAUAUUUAACAGUGGCAGCAAUAUUUCGUGGUAAAGUAUCAAUGAGAGAACUCGAAGAACAAAUGACAUCGGUACAAAAUAAAAAUUCAUCAUUUUUUGUUGAAUGGAUACCGAAUAAUGUUAAAACGGCCGUAUGUGAUAUUGCACCAAAAGGUCUUAAAUUAGCAGCCACAUUUAUUGGUAACAAUACAGCAAUUCAAGAAAUUUUUAAACGUAUUGGUGAACAAUUUUCGGCCAUGUUUCGUCGAAAAGCAUUCUUAUUUCGUUAUAUUGAACAAGGUAUGGACGAAAUGGAAUUUACUGAAGCUGAAUCAAAUAUGAACGAUUUAAUAGCAGAAUACCAACAAUAUCAAGAAGCAACUGCUGAUGAUCCUAACGGCGAAGACGAUGAAUAG